AAUUCCUUCUCCAUGAAUGAACUACCUUUUGCCUUCCAUAUUUUAUAUAUAAUUUUAAAAGUAAUAAAUUAUAGAGAAUUAAGUUUGUGUUUGCUCUUAAUUAGUGGGAUGCAUGAUUGUCAUAUUAUUAAGAAGACCUUGCAUUGUUUAUAUUAAUAUUGUACUGUUAUAUAAUCUUCUACAAAGAAAGAGAUUUGGAGAGUUGCAGAAAUGGCUGAAGAAGGAACAACAUUAGAGUACACACCAACUUGGGUGGUGGCUUUAGUUUGCAGUGUAAUUGUUGUCAAUUCUCUUGCUGUUGAACGCCUUCUCCAUUAUGUUGGCAAGGUGUUGAAGAGGAACAACCAGAAACCACUCUUCGAAGCCCUGCAAAAAAUCAAAGAAGAAUUGAUGUUGUUGGGGUUCAUAUCACUGCUACUGACAGUGUUUCAAAAUAUGAUAGCCAAAAUCUGCAUAUCUGAGGAAUUAGCAAGUAAAUGGUUGCCUUGCAAGAAAGAAAGUAAGGAAACCAUAAAUUUUGCAGCUCAUUUUCAAUCUGUUUCCCCUUCUUUUCAUGGCACUGGCCGCAGCCUUUUAGCAGAGUCCUUAGCAUCGAACGAAUACUGUUCCACCAAGGGGAAGGUGCCAAUGCUAUCAAUCACAGCACUACAUCAUCUUCACAUAUUCAUCUUUGUAUUAGCUGUUAUGCAUGUCACUUUCUGUGCUCUAACCAUUCUUUUUGGAGGGGCAAAGAUUCGACAAUGGAAAUGGUGGGAGGAUUCUGCUUCUAAAGGCCAACAUGAUCUGCCAGAAGAAGAUCAAAGUAGAAGAUAUAUCCAUGUCCAAGAUCAUGAUUUCAUCAAGAAUCGCUUCCAGGGUCUGGGAAAAUCCUAUGCUUUGCUAGGCUGGUGGCAUUCAUUUUUCAAGCAAUUCUAUGGAUCUGUCACAGAAUCAGAUUACACCACCUUGAGGCUAGGCUUUGUCAUGACUCAUUGCAGGGGAAAUCCAAAGUUCAAUUUUCAUGAUUAUUUGAUGCGUACCCUUGAAGCCGACUUCAAGAAAGUUGUUGGAAUAAGCUGGUAUCUUUGGCUAUUUGUAGUCAUUUUCUUGUUGCUGAAUGUCUAUGGUUGGCAUACAUAUUUUUGGGUAGCAUUUGUUCCUUUCAUUCUUCUACUUGCUGUGGGGACUAAGUUGGAGCACAUAAUAACCCAAUUAGCACAUGAAGUUGCUGGCAAACAUGUUGCAGUUGAAGGAGAUUUAGUGGUUCAACCUUCUGAUGAUCACUUCUGGUUCAAUCGGCCUCGGAUUGUUCUCCUUCUCAUCCAUUUCAUUCUUUUUCAGAAUUCUUUUGAAAUUGCUUUUUUCUUCUGGAUUUGGCUUCAAUAUGGCUUUGACUCUUGCAUAAUGGGACAAGUUCGAUUUAUCACCCCCAGACUUAUUAUAGGGGCAUUUAUCCAGUUCCUUUGCAGUUACAGUACAUUGCCACUCUAUGUUAUUGUCACACAGAUGGGAAGCUCAUUCAAGAAGGCAAUAUUUGAUGAACACAUUCAACAUGGUCUUGUUGGGUGGGCUAGGAUGGCCAAAAAGAAAAAGACCGCAAGAAAUGCAGCCACUGAUUCCAGCAAAGUUGGACUACACAAGGAGGAUUCUCCUGCUUUAAUUCAACUGGGAAAGCUGAAAGAGAGUCAAGCAGGAGUUUCUAAUCAGCAAAAAUGAAAUCCCUCAUUCUUGUAACUACAGAAAACUAAACCCUGGUGUCAAUAACAAUUUUCCUUCUGUUUCGGACUGAAUUGUAACACCCACAAAUAAUUUCCAUAACAAAAAAGCAUGGGAGAAAAGUCAGUGUACUCCUAAAUUGAUAGGUGUUCAAAACAAUCAAUAUCUUAACUAUGAGUCAAGCAAUUGACCAGGA